UGCUCGUCCCCCGCCGUCAUUGCCUUUGCCAGAAAUAAAUAGAAAUGACAUAGCUUUUGAGAGAUUGAUCGAACUCAAUGACAGCAAAAUACCUGUCAAGUAUGGCAAAAGCAAUUUUGAUGUAGUAAUUAGUGUCGGCAAAGAACCAAACGUGAAAAAAUUUAGGUCCCAUUCGGUAGUAUUGAGCAUGAGAUCUUCGUAUUUUAGGGCUGCCCUAUCGAGUACAUGGGCAAAGAAACAAGGGGAUGUCUUUUAUUUCGACAAACCUAAUAUUACACCUAAAGUAUUCACCGUCAUCCUAAGAUAUUUAUAUUUUGGUAACUUUGUAUUAGAAAGGUUAGAUGUACAAACACUACUUGACGUCUUAGUGGCAUCCGAUGAAUUGAUGCUCGAAGAUUUCAUCGAAGAGAUACAAUACUAUUUCAUUAAUCUUGACUCUAAUUUACUAAUACCAAACCUAAUUCCAAUUAUAACCACGUGCUUCAACAAUCCUUCAUUCGGAAAAUUGCUAAAUCACCUCCUGAAUUUGAUUAGACGUGAUCCGUCAUGCUUGGUGACACAAGUCGAUAUCUUCUUAUUGCAAGAGUCUAUGCUUUCAUCAAUUUUGGAGAAAUCCUAUGAGCUGUUGGACGACUCGAUGAUGUGGAGUUGCAUAAUUAAAUGGGGAAUUGGUCAACAGAACAUGACAUUAAAAGAUAUUGAAAAAUGGACUAAUUUCGAUUACGAGAGAUUGCACGAAACCAUUCAUUCCUUUCUAAAAUUUGUUAGAUUUAGCCACAUCCCAAGAAAUUACUUUAUAGAUCAAAUAGUACCAUUUUUAACUUAUUUCAAGGAGAUCGACAAUGAGACCAUUAGAUAUUAUUUAGACAUCCCACAACCAUUAACCAUAGAUUCCAAACAUAAUUCAUUUGAUGUUGGUCUGACUGACUCCACCUUGGUCAAUCACACUCACAUGUCACGGAUUGCCGACUGGAUAGACACCGGAAAGAUCAAUAGACCAAUUCAAAGACAAAAGUUGAAGAAAUGCACUUACCGAUUUUCAUUUCCUUUCUUCCGGAAACGAAAUCAAGAUAUCAACCUUUUAUUGAAAUCAACAGCGCCACCACCACCACCAAAGAAACCUAAUUACACAUUCAAUCUCUUAUACCGUAUGACACGCGAUGGAUCAUCGGCGUACCACGACAAGUGCUUAAAACAGGGGCCUACACUGGUGAUCGUCAAAAUUCGACUACCAUCUGGUGGGUCCAUUCUGAUAGGCGGUUACAAUCCUUUAGGUUUCGACUAUUUUCUGAACAUAGAUUUGUCGUCAUUAUCUCAAACCUUCAUAUUUUCAUUUGGAGAUGGAAAAUCAUUCGAGGGUGCCCAGAUGAGUAGAGUGCAAACUGAUUGGUCAAGGAUGACGAUCAAAUUUUCAAAUGGUGAUCUCU